AUGAACCUGCUCACCCCCUUUGCCCUUCUGAUUGUCAACUGGAGUCUUGACUUCACUGACCCGGAGGUACAGCGGAUAAUCAGCUACAUCUUCUAUCUGGUGCAUGGCGUCGUCUUCAUUGUGAUGGGUAUUCUCUUCUUCCGCAUUUGGGUAAGUGACGACACGCGCGUGGUGCAUGCGAAGGAUUCAUACACUAACGAAAUGGAGAAGAUGACGACGUGGGAAUACGACUCCUCCAGGUGGCGCACCUUGUUCUUUUCAAAGCUUCUUCUUCCAGUUGCCGUGGGCCUUUUUGUGGCGUCGCGGUGGAAUACGCCCUUUCCGCUGCUGCUGCAGUGCAUCAGCAACCCCAACACGGUCUACCGCUUCCCUCUCUUCCAGCUGCACCUGCUGCACAAGCCAGAGGAGGGAAAGUUGGUGCGCCCAUGGAAAGAAGAGUCCGUGAUGCCGGAGUGGAUGCAGCAGAUAUGGCAGCAGAGUCAGCCGAGUGAGGAGACUCCCGCGCCGGGCUCACCCGCCCACAAGAACAAAAAGCGGAAGUCUUAUAAUUGA